GUUGAGGGGUCUCCGUACAUUUUUGACCUUUUCGGUUUCCCAAUUCCUACCUGCAAUUUUUUUUUUUUUCCCGGUUUAGUAUUUGUUCGCGGCAUUUGCCGGUUUGGUUCGUUGAUUCGACCCGGUUCAUUUCCAGGUCCCAGGGGAGGGGAGUGAACCGUGAACCCGGUCGUCAAACCGCAUCCUCAAUUACAGCUCAAUAACGCGUUCGGAUCCGCGAGUCCUCUCUCCUCCUCCUCCUCCGACGACCUUCGCAAUCCAAUUGCGGGAAACGCAGCAGCGCGAGCGACCGCGGCGCCGAAUCGCGGCCCCCCCACCGCACCUACUCUCUCGGUUUUUCCUCUCUUUCUAGGGUUUCUCUCGGAGAACGCUCUCAUCGUCUCAGCUCUCUAUGCCCAACCCCUUCUUCUCCUUCCGAGAAGAGCGAUCGAAGGAGGGGACGAGGUUAGGGCUAUGAAGGGGCGGUCGCAGCGGCCCCAUCCUCCUCCCACGGCGGCGGCGGCGGCGGAGCCCUCCGACGACUGGGGCGAUGGGUCGUGGACGGUGGAUUGCUCGUGCGGCGUCACCUUCGACGACGGGGAGGAGAUGGUGAGCUGCGACGAGUGCGGCGUGUGGGUGCACACCCGCUGCGCCCGCUUCGUCCGCGGCGACCCCUCCUUCGCCUGCCACAACUGCAAGCCCACCUCCCCCUCCGCCACCGCCGCCGCCGCCGGAGCCGCCGCCGCGGAUGGUGGCGGCGACGACAACGAGGAGGAGACCGAGGUGGCGCAGCUCCUCGCCGAGCUCCCCACCAAGACCGCGUUCCGGCGCUGGGGCCAGGUCCCCCGCGAGGACCGCGUCCACGUCCAGGGCCCCGCCCUCGCCCCCGCCCCCGCCCCCGCCCCCGCCCCUGCCCUUGGCGGCGGAGGAGACCAUGCUCUCUUCGGCCGCGGCCUAUCCUCCGUCUUCACCGCCAACCUGUGGCGGUGCGCCGGCUACGUCCCCAAGAAGUUCGGGUUCCGCUACCGCGAGUUCCCGUGCUGGGACGAGGAGUCCCAGGAGGACGGGGACCGUAACGCGAGCCAUAGUGUGGCCGAUACGCUCUUCUCCCUCUCGAAGGAUGCCGCAGCCCCGCCUUCUUCUGCAUCGGAGCGCAAUCGGUUGGCCACAAACUGCGGAAAGAAGGAGAGGAGCGCGAACAAGAGGAAGAAGGAGUCGGCGGCGGAAGAAGGGAAGGAAUUGCUCGGGAGGAAGAAGGUUAGGAGUAACACAGAUAGAGCUUCAGGGGAUACCAACAGAAGAGGUGAGGGUUCUGUCCCUAUUAUUGAUAUGAACAAGUCUGACGCCAGCGAGGGUCGGAAUCUGCAGGUUGAUAAUUCGGUUGUUACCGAAAGGAAGGCCGAGGACAAAAAGGGUGAAACGGAUGUUAAGCCCCGAUCCCCUGCUCAGCAGGAAGGAACAAAUGUUGUUGUUGUUGUUGACAUGCAUGGAGAUUCUCAGACCAAUACCCCUUCUGCAGAGGACAUGGCUAGCCUGAGGGUAGAUCAAAAAGUAUCGGCAGAAGUUUCUUUGAAGGUUGAGACAGUCGAUGUUGUUGAGUCUGUAAAGGCUGAGGUCUCUGCGGCAGCUAAUGUGUUCCGUGGGGAAGGACAGGAUGCAGUCAUGGAGUCUAUCAAAGUAGAGCCCAAGACUGAGAACCCUUCUGAAGUGAAUCAAACUGUAGAUUCAUGCACGAUAAACUCAGAGAGCUUGAAAUCAGUGAUUAAUAGUCUUAGAGGGAGUCAAGAUCUCCCAGAUGUGCCCUUGCUUCCUGAUUCUAAUGGUGCUACUUCACUGAAUUUAAAACCAGAUGAAGUUGAAGCUGAUAAGAAGUUGGAUCGAUCAGAUAAUUCAGUGCAACAUCAUCAAUCAUCAUCAGGCCAAUUAUCUGAGAAUCUACAGGAUCAUGAAAGUGCUGCUUUUGGUUUACCAUCUGGCAAGCCCAAAUCUCAAGAUUCUUCCAGAACUGCAGAACAAGCUGAUAAUGCGCCUAAACAGGGAGUAGUUGAUGCAGAUGGAGCACAUAAAAUUCCCAUAGAAUUAAGAAGGCAUAGCUCAGCAUGUCUUGAUGAACCUGUAAAAACAGAAGCACUAAGCAUCACGAAGGCUUCUUCCGCGUCAGCUGUUACAAUCUCAAGAUCAGUAAGCUCCAUCUCGCUUCCGACAGCUGGAAAGGCUGCUCACUCAACCAAACAACAGCAAGAGAAGCCAUCUGUCUCGGCUGAGGAGAGCUUGCAAGAGCAUUCGAGGCGACCCGCAAAACACCCGCCAAAAGCAUCACAAAUGAGCAGAGCUGCUUCUUCUUCUGCCACCAAAUCAAGAUUGUCAGAUCGAACUCCCGGAAAUGAGGCGACCUCACAACAGUCUCACAUAAAGCCAACAGCAUCUUCAGUUUCAUACAAGAAAAAUGAAAGGGUCCACCAACCAUAUCCUCAACCAUCAUCAUUGUCAGAUGUCAUUAAUAAUUCAAUAUCUCCUUAUCCAACAGCAUCUGAUUCUACCACUGCAUUAAGUGAUGAGCAGCUUGCACUACUGCUUCAUCAGCAAUUGAACAGCUCUCCUAGAGUUCCAAGGGUGCCACGUGCGCGCCAAUCGGUUGGUGGCCAGUUUGCCCCUUCAACUGGUGCAAGUGUGUUCUCAAAACGCUCUUCGCAAUCUGGAGGAAGGGAUCAUGCUCCGGUUUUUAAGAAGAAGAGCAAGGAAGAUGGAUCAAGAGAUAGCUCUCGCAAUUCUCGAGAGUCUGACGAUGAGAUAAGGAAGUUGGGAAAGGAAUCAACUUUCUCGACGGACGGUUCUGUCACAUCAAUGCAGAAGAGUCUUCUUGGUACCACAGUUGAGGGUGCAACUAACAGUAGUAGUCUCUCGCCCUGUCUUGUGGCCCCUACUGGAUUGAAUGUUUCAUCAGUUAGCAGUUCGCCUAGAGAAAAUAUCCCAAUUGAUUAUAGUAGUUACAAUUCUCGUACUUUGCCAGGUUUAAUAGAUGAAAUCAUGUGUAAGAACAGAAAUAUAACAUACGAGGAACUAUGCGAUGCUGUUCAGCCGCAUUGGAAUGAUUUGAGGAAGCCUAAUGGGGACCGUUAUGCUUAUCCAAGUCAUCUACAUGCUGUCCAUGAUUGUCUGAGGAACAGGAGCGAGUGGGCGCAUUUAAUUGAUCAAGCCCCAAAGACGAACUCAGGUAAGAAGAGACGAGAAUUCAGAGGCAAGGGUACAGGUGAUGCGGAAGAUAAGAGCGGAGGGGAGUCCCACCGUGAAGACUUCCCCAAGGGCAAGCGCAAGGCCCGCAAGCGCCGGCGACUCGAACUAAAAGGCCGGGCCGUGAAUAUUAAGGAUGGCAUCGGCAGCAGAAAGAAGAGGCGCAUUCACGGGCCAGGCUCGGCCUCCGACAACGAUAACGAUAUCCUCCGCCCUUCUGCUGCUUCGUUGUCUCGUUCGAGCAAUGAAGAGGGGAAUGAGAAGAACCACUCAAGCGAUGGCGAGAGCCAGGAAACCCUCGAAGCUGACACUGCUACUUCUAGUAGUAGCUCUUCUGAAUCCGAGUAGUUCAGCUGCUGCGGCAGCUUAUGAUUUGGAUUUUCGAUGUGGACCCACUGCUUAUAAUCGUACCAAACGCUAGCUAGUGACUUUUUAGCAGCAGAAGAAAUAGGAAAUGCCGAGAUUAGCGAUGUUGGUGCGGAUCGAAUUCCAAGGGGUGGUGGGUCUGCGCGUGUAAUACUAGUGUAUAUGCAAUCUUUUGUAUUGUUUGGUCUUUCAUGUUUCUAGGUAGCAGGUAGUUGUAGAAUGGCUUGAAGGAAAAUAAAAGUAUAAAGUGAUUUAUUUCUUCUUUUUA